GAAAGCAUUGCCUUUAUAUUCAACAAAAAGCCUCCAUUACAAUCAACAUAGUAGGUAGAGUGAUCGAUGAGAGAAAUAAAGCAGAGAGUCAGAGACCCUUUGUUGCUCCUUGGUGCUCUGCACCUGCUAACCAUCAUCUGUGGCAUGCCACCUCCACUCCCGGUUCAAUGCAACCAUAUUGGCUGCACCCUCUACAACUCCUACGGUGCGUGGGGAGACCGAAAGGAGUGCCAUGUCCCAAAUGUCACAUAUCCAGCUACAGAAGAAGAGCUCCGCUUGGCCGUGGCCUAUGCCAAUCGGAAUAAACUCAAGGUGAGAGUUGUGAGCCAAUUUUCACAUACCAUACCAAAACUGGCCUGCCCCACAUCAAUUUCCGAAAACGCCUUCCUAAUAAGUAGCGCAAAAUACAAUUCUGGCAUCCAAGUUGACACGGAGAAUUUAGCUGUCACGGUUGAUGCUGGAGUGGGAUUACGUGAGCUGAUUGAUAAAGUGGAAGAAGCCGGGUUGAGUUUAGUGGCUGCGCCCUAUUGGGAGGGUGUGAGUGUUGCAGGACUUAUUAGCACUGGGGCGCAUGGGAGCUCGUGGUGGGGAAAGGGAGGGGCUGUUCAUGAUCAUGUUAUUGGCCUCACUCUUGUUGUUCCGGCUACACCAUCCCAAGGAUAUGCCAAAGUCAUCACAUUAGAAAGACAGGACACACUCUUGAAUGCUGCUAAACUAUCGUUGGGAUUGUUGGGUGUCAUCUCAAAGGUAAAGUUGUCAUUAGAAAGAGGAUUCAAAAGAAGCAUAACCUAUAAUUUCACGAGCGAUGCUCAAUUUGAAGAUGAAUUCAUGGAGCACGCCAAGAAACACGAAUUCGCAGAUAUAACUUGGUAUCCAUCAAAGCGUAGAGCUGUGUACAGAUACGAUGACAGAGUUCCCUUAAACGUCUCUGGAAAUGGGGUUUACGACUUUAUCGGCUUCCAGCCCACUUCAAUGGUGAUCUCCAAAUCAAUCAGAGCAACAGAGAAGAUAAUGGAGAAUACACGGGAUGUGAAAGGAAAAUGCAUACUCGCAGCUACUAGUGUGGGGUCCAAGGAAUUAGUCGGCAAUGGAUUGAAGAACGGCGGCCUAGUAUUCACCGGCUAUCCAGUAGUGGGUCGUCAGGGCAAAAUCCAGAGCUCGGGUUCAUGUUUGUAUUCACCAAGCAUCGAUAUCACAACCACAUGCGCUUGGGAUCCAAGAAUUGACGGCCUCUUCUUCUACGAGACAACGGCGAUGUUCCCGGCUCCAAAGUUUGGAGACUUCAUCCGUGAUGUGAAGAGAUUGAGAGACGUAAUAAACGGGGAGAAUAUGUGCGGGGUUGAUAUCUACAAUGGGUUUCUUAUACGUUUCAUCAAGGCCUCUGGGGCGUAUCUUGGUCAAUCCGAGGACUCCGUAGUGGUGGAUUUCAACUAUUAUCGUGCCAAGGAGGCUACAACUCCAAGACUGAACCAACACGUAUGGGAAGAAGUGGAGCAAAUGGCAUUCUUUAAGCAUGGGGCUAAGCCGCAUUGGGCCAAGAAUAGGAACCUUGCAUUCUUAGGUGUUCAGCGCAAGUAUCCUAAUUUUAACAAGUUUAUUGCUGCCAAAAAACAAUUGGACCCUCAAAACAUGUUCUGGAGUGAAUGGUCGGAUGAGAUUGUGUUUGGGCAGGUAGGCGCAAAAGUUGAGGGGUGUGCCUUGGAGGGACAAUGCAUAUGUUCCCAAGACCGACAUUGCAGCCCGGGCAAAGGAUAUUUCUGCCAACAAGGCCUUGUUUAUAAGGAAGCUAGAGUUUGUAGGUAUUCACCACCACUAUCCUCCUCACAUACCACUACUUCUACUACUACUGCUUGAUAUAUAUAUAUUCCCAAAAACCAGAAUGAUCGAUGUACCUCACAUGUCACCAAAAUUGAUAUUUUAAUUUCAGUUAACAAAGUGUUUAUCUAGAGGAAA